AAAAUUAUCAUCUAAGUUCUUAUACAGUUGGACGAGCAUAGAAAAAGUAAAUUUCCAUGCGAGGAAAAGUCGGUGUCGUUUGCAUACGACGAAGAAAAUAAAAGAAAAGUUUGCAACAAAACAAGGCAAAGUUUAACGCUAAUAUAUAAUUUCUGUAACUCUAUUUAAGAAAGUUUUGUUGCUGAUAAUAUUAAAAUAAGUGAAAAAAGAGAAGCUUAAAUCUAAUAACUUUGUGGAUGCAAAGAAGAAAAAGGAAUAAAUAACAAAGAGAAAAAAAAAAUUUGACUUAAAGUGUAGUGAACAAAUUUUUAUCAGAGACCGCGAAAGCUGUGAAAAUAAUUUGACAUAAUCGUGUUUUGAAGGUCUCAAUUUCGUAGUGAAACAGUUACAAACAGAAGAAGCAAGCAAAAUUACCAAGAAAGAUCAAAAACGUUUAAAGUACUUGAGGCAGUACAAGAAAGCGAGAGUGUGCUGAAAGCCCAAGAUUCUUCUUUUUUAAGAGAGCGAAAAGAUGUUAUCCGAUGUCCAGUUUAUUUUCAUUUUCAAUUACCAUCUUAUUCGCAGAGAGUCUUCAUUACUUUAUAAACGAUUCAAUUUAUUCAAUUAUUUGCGGCACCACAGCUAUCAAAAAUAAACGAAUAAGAAGCACAAGAAUAUAAAGGAGACAACAGUCAAUUCUAUAUUUGAUUUCAAAGUUCAUAUAAAGUAAAAUAUGAGUGUAAUAAUAAUGAAUAUCAGCACGACCACAGCAAUUCCAUAUCCAUCCACAACAAAUUUGUCGAUGGCUCUCCACAAUAAUGACUCGGUUUUUGAAAGUGAGCAGCAUAUCGCAUAUCAAACGGCUGCUGAGUAUGCGACGAUGGCAACAACAAUGACCACGAUUUAUGACCCGACCAUGGCGUCAACAUUGACAACAUCAACAAUCUCUAGCAUCACUAAAGCAACCACUGAGAAUGUAACAACUGAUGAAAUUAAUCAGUUUUAUUUUUAUGAGACAGAACAGUUUACAGUUUUGUGGAUACUUUUUGCUGUGAUUGUAUUAGGAAAUAGUGCAGUACUUGUCACUUUAUACCUAAAUAAACGAAAGUCAAGGAUGAACUUUUUCAUUAAGCAACUGGCUAUUGCAGAUCUCUGUGUUGGCUUACUCAACGUUAUGGUCGACAUAGUAUGGAGAUUUACAGUUACAUGGGAAGCAGGAAAUCUUGCAUGUAAAUUUAUAAAAUUUAUGCAAGCUCUAGUCACUUAUGGAUCGACCUAUGUACUUGUGGCUCUCAGCAUUGACCGCUAUGAUGCUAUAACACACCCGAUGAACUUUUCCAAUUGCUGGAAACGUGCAAAAUUGCUUGUAAUAUUUGCAUGGUUUUUCAGUGGACUAUUCUCAAUACCUUUAUUUAUAUUAUAUGAAGAAACUGUAAUUCAGGGAGUAACACAAUGUUGGAUAGAAUUAGGAGAUGCAUGGAGAUGGCAAUUAUACAUGACAUUGGUGUCAGCAUCACUUUUCUUCAUUCCUGCUAUUAUCAUAACAUUAUGUUAUGCAAUUAUUGUUAAAACUAUAUGGGACAAGGGUACCUAUAAAGUGCCAAAGAAGGAUCGAAAGAGUCGUAAUCGAUUGAGCUGUGAUGAGGAUGAUAGAGGAAGUAGACGGGCGAGUUCCCGUGGUAUUAUUCCACGUGCCAAAGUAAAAACAAUAAAAAUGACUUUUGUGAUAGUGAUUGUAUUUAUUGCAUGCUGGUCGCCAUAUAUCGUAUUCGAUCUAUUACAAGUAUUUGAUCAAAUUCCAAAGACACAAACGAACAUAGCGGUUGCAACAUUCAUUCAGAGUCUCGCACCGCUCAAUUCAGCAGCAAAUCCCUUGAUUUAUUGUCUGUUUUCGACGCAACUCAUGCGAGGAUUUAAACGUACAUCGGCUUACCGUUGGCUGUCAAAAAUAUUUUGCUGUAAAGACCCUGGAGAUCAUUCGUCGCAUAAAUAUUUGAGAGGUCAAAGGACAUUAACGAGCUCGACAGUAACAACAUCUCUAACAAAUUCAUCAGCACGUUCAGUAUCCAUUCAUCGGCCUCAUAAAGUUGUUAAUUUUGACCGUCAGAGCACUAUUAUUGCUGACACAAACAGUAGAUGAUGUUAUAGAGAAACUGUAUUCCUUUAUGCUUAACUUUUAUGCAAACAAUAAGCUCUCUUUCUUGUUUUUCUUUUCUAUUCCACCUACAUCAUGUGUGGCAUUGAGUAACAAUAAACUAUAUCAACAAAUGAUUUCUUUUGAAAUUUUAUUCUGUAAAUGAACGGAAAAGCGUUGGAAAAUGUGGAAAAAUAGUAUAUACUAAGUACAUGACAAAAAGAUCUUCAUCAUAUUCUCAUAUCAUGAACAGAUGGAAACAUUCAUUUGAAAACUAUAAGAAUAAAGAUAAGUAAGAUAAAGAUGAUGACGAAGGCACAAAGCAUAUACACCCACAAUUAUAGGAAAUGCUGCAUGAAUCUUUGAUGUAAAUACAAAGGGGUGGUAAAAUCUUUACCAAUUGGUUUGGUGUAAAGCUGUAAAUUUUAAAUUUCAGUUUUUGAAAAUGAUUAAAAGUUUGAAAAUUAAGUUUAAAAAUUCGAAAACUGGUUCUUCAAUUCAAAAUCUGGUUCUAGAAUUCGAAAUGUAGUUCUAAAGUUCAAAUACUGGUUCUAGGAUUCGAAAUCUAGUUCUAAAAUUCGAAAACUAUUUCAUAAACUCAAAAAUUAGUUCUUAAUUAAAGUUUUAAAAUUCAAAAACUAGUUCUUAGGGGGGUUGCGAGUUGUAACAUAUUGUAACAAGGGGGGAGGGGGGGUAAAAAAAGUCGGUUUUUUGCGUAACGUAAUAAGUGAACGGCCCCUAAGUAAGAAUCUCAAAAAAAAAUAUUCAAAAACUUUUGGAGAAAUUUAAGAAAAACAUAAAUAAAAAUUUGCCACCCCUGUACAGAUACAUAAAAUGCAUAAAAUGUGUAGUAAAAAAAAAUUUUUGUAUUAAUAAAUGAGAAAAAAAAUGUUUU